AUGAUUGUCCUUAAUAAGAUUCCUCGCAACAGUGGCAGCACCAGAGCGGCGAGCUUAGACAGAAGCACUCGGGGCUCGUCCACCACCUUGAGUUCGGACGAGGACAACAUUAACGUCGUUGUCAGAGUCCGUCCGGUCAAUGAACAGGAGCGAAGUCAUGGUGAAAGGGAAAUCUUGGAGUUCCCGGGCAAGGGCCAGAUUGUUUGCCCGGCGACAACUGUCGGGCAGAAGGACAAGGUCUUCUCCUACAACGUGGUCUUCGAGCCAGCCGCUUCUCAGGAAGACGUUCUGGAAUAUUCUGGAGUGAGGCGUCUGCUCGAGAUGGCGGUCGAGGGUUUCUCCUGUACAGCCUUCUGCUACGGCCAGACCGGCAGUGGGAAGACGCACACCCUGACCGGGCCUCCAGGACUGGUUGAACGUGGAAUAAGCCCAUUCGACCCUGAACAUGGUCUGGUGGUGCGAUCAUUCGUAUACCUAUUUCAACUGCUGCGCGAGAGACCUGAAAGCCACUUCGUGCUUAAAGCCUCCUUCCUCGAGAUCUACAAUGAGAAGGUUAUAGACUUACUGAACCCCGGUACAGCAAAGAAACCCCUCCAAGUGCGCUGGUCGAAGGAGAGCCGCAGCUUUUACGUGGAGAACCUCUUCACAGUGGACUGCGAGGAGUUGGACGAUCUAUUCGCGGUCUUGGAGGAAGGCACGCGCAACCGCGCGGUGGGCGCGCACUCGAUGAACGCGCACUCGUCCCGCUCGCACACACUGCUGAGCGUGCGCGUGCGCCGGGACGUGCGCAGCGCGCGUGACCUCACGUGCUCCACGCACGGCAAGGUCAACUUCGUGGACCUCGCCGGCAGCGAGAUGACGAAACGCACGCACAGCACCGGCAAGACCCUGGAGGAGGCGAACAACAUUAACCGAAGCCUUAUGGUCCUUGGCUACUGCAUCGCUCAAUUGAGUGACGGCAAGAAGAGAGGUCACAUACCAUAUCGUGACAGCAAACUGACAAAACUUUUAGCUGACAGCUUGGCGGGAAAUGGGGUCACAUUAAUGAUCGCUUGCAUCGCGCCAACCCGUUCCAAUUUAAGCGAGACGCUCAACACUUUAAGAUAUGCAGCUCGAGCGAAGAAGAUCAAGUCGAAACCCAUCGUGAAAAUGGACGCGAGGGACGCAUUAAUUUUGAGCCUGAAGAGAGAAGUGGAGGUGUUGCAGACGGAGAACGAACAUUUGCGAUCGGCGCUGCACGUACAGAUGGACUACAACAUGGAUACCAUUGGUGGCGGCGGCGGCAAGCUGUCCCACCUGGCUGAGCCCGAGCUGGCGCAGCUGGUGCAGCUGCACGAGCGCGAGAGCGCAGCGCUGCGGCGCGAGAAUAGGGCGCUGUUCGCGCUGCGCGACCAACUGCUGCGCGACCAGGAGCUGCUGAGCAGGGAGAACGAGCGGCUGCUCAAGAAGCUGGAGGACGUGAACACG